AUGAAAGGCCUAACAGCAUUCGUCCUAGUCGCCCUCUUAAUGGGCAGACUUGACACCACUUCUGCAACUCCUACUUUUGAGCAAGUUUUCCACCCCCUUCCCCCAGAUUUAGUGAUCAACGACGGCAAUACCCACGGAGUGAAGCUUUCUGUCGGUUUACCUUUCUCCUCUUCUUCUGGCGAUGCUGGAGUUAGGGGUCAUGUUGGAGCAAGUGCCGAUCCCUCCGUCUCCGCUUCUGGAUCUGCCGGUGGUGCGCCAGCCAAAGAUUGCCUGGAGAACCUGCCAGGUAUCGGCAAUCUUUUCUCGGCUUCCGCUGGUUUCACGACUUCGCCAUCUGGAGAUUCCUCUUCUGGAUAUGAUAAGGAUGCGGAUUCGGCGAAAGGUGAUGAUGGGAUCGAAGAUUCAGCUCCUGUUGCUAGUGCUUCUGGUGGAGAUGGAGGUAGUGGUGGCGAUUCUGGUUCUGGUGGUUCUGGAGGUGCUGGAGGUGCUGGAGGUGCUGGCGGCGCAGGCGGUGCAGGUGGUGCUGGAGGAUCCGAAGACCACUGCAACGAAUGCGAGACCAACCCUUCCUCUUCUCAGCCAUCCCCUCUUUCUUGCGCUGAUGGAAAGGGUGGAUCGGGUUGUCCUGACUCUUCUUCCACUCCUCCUUCUCCUUCGGGUGGUAGUGGCGGAGACGAAGGGUGCGAGUCGAAGGGUGACUCCGGCUCUUCCAGCUCCCCUGGCUCCCCUGGCUCCCCUAGUGGACUGGAAGGCUACGGUGCAGAUGGAGGUGAUGGUAGCAGCACUCCUUCUCCCUCUCCCCUUGCUUCCAGUACAGGUGGAGAGCACUGUGAAACGUGCGAAAGUGACCACUCUUCUUCCUCCUCCCCAGACGACAACACCAGCCCUUCCACUGGCAGUGGCGGAGCUACGACGGGUGGCGACGCCGAGGCUUGUGCGGACAAAGACAAAGAUGCUUCUUCUUCGCCCCCUUACGGCGUGUCUUCCGGCAACACUCCUUCGCCGAGUGGCGGUGACAGCUCUUUGCCUGACUCACCCUCCUCACCCCCUUCUGGUGGUGAGAAGGAAUGCGACGAGGACAAGGAUACGGGCGCAUCUACCCCUGGUGGCGGUAUCUCCUCUGGCAAUACCCCUAUCUCUCCUCCCACUCCUUCCUCAGGCAGUGAAAAAGAGUGUGACGAGGACAAGGAUAGCGGUUCAGACUCCGGCUCGCCCAUGCCUUCCUCACCUUCUCCCACAUCUCCUGAAAGUGGAGAGGAAUGCGAGGACAAAGACAAGGGCUCGUCCGCUCCUCCUGGCGGCAUCUCUUCUGGUAACAUCCCUUCCUCACCAUCCUCUCCCACCGGCGGCAAAGGCGACAAAGAGUGCGAUGAAGACAAGGGCUCCGGUUCUUCUCUUCCUCCUGGCGGCAUCUCUUCUGGUAACAUCCCUUCCUCACCAUCCUCUCCCACCGGCGGCGAAGGCGACAAAGAGUGCGAUGAAGACAAGGGCACCGGUUCUUCUCUUCCUCCUGGCGGCAUCUCUUCUGGUAACAUCCCUUCCUCACCAUCCUCUCCCACUGGCGGCGAAGGCGACAAAGAGUGCGAUGAAGACAAGGGCUCCGGUUCUUCUCUUCCUCCUGGCGGCAUCUCUUCUGGUAACAUCCCUUCCUCACCAUCCUCUCCCACUGGCGGCGAAGGCGACAAAGAAUGCGAUGAAGACAAGGGCUCCGGUUCUUCUCUUCCUCCUGGCGGCAUUUCUUCGGGUAACACCCCUUCCACUCCUUCGCCUGAAGAUGAGAGUGAGAGCGGUUCAACUCCCCCUUCUCCCUCAUCGCCUCCAUUUGGUGGCAUUUCUUCGGGUAACACACCUUCGCCCGAAGGUGAGAGCGAGAGCAGUUCAACUCCCCCUUCUCCCUCAUCGCCUCCAUCUGGUGGCGAAGGUGAGAAGGAAUGUGAUGAGGACAAAGAUAAGGGCUCAUCUGUUCCUUCUGGAGGCAUUCCUUCCGGUCGCACAUCUUAUUCUUCGCCUCCUUCGGGUGGUGAGGAGUUUGAUGAAGACAAGGACAGGGGUUCAUCUGUUCCUCGUUCCGACUCCUGCUCAGGUGGCCCAGAAUGCAGUACCACCGACACCCCCGAACAAACUCACCCCUCCUCCCCCAGCGGCGGCACCUGCGGCCCCACAGCUCCCUACAGUGACAUCUUCAAAACCUGGUUCCCUCCUUCCUCUUCCCCCGGUAUCUCAUCCGGUGGACCCAGCGCUGCUCCCCUUUCCUCCUCCGGUUCUUCCUCUUCCCCCGGUAUCUCAUCCGGUGGACCCAGCGCUGCUCCCCUUUCCUCCUCCGGUUCUUCCUCUUCCCCCGGUAUCUCAUCCGGUGGACCCAGCGCUGCUCCCUUUUCCUCCUCCGAUUCUUCCUCACCUAGCGCUGACUCAGAUUGCACCCCUCAAUCUUGCCCAGCGGAGAAGAAAGCCACCCUCGAGUUUGCACCUUGUGAUUUCGCUGCGUUGUUCACCCAGAUGAAAAUCACUUCUGAACAACUAGCUACUUUCGGAGCCGGAUUACAGGGGUUGAUGGCUUCCCAAAAAGUAACUUAUACAGUUGAUGGGAAGAGAGUUAAUGCGAAAGAAUUGGAGAAAGUGUUGGAUGUUGGGAUUAAGCGUGCCUUUGGGGCCGCGGCUGGUGGCACUGGGGGACUGGUAGGAGGUGAGAUUGGGGGAAAGGGGGCAAAUAGGUUCAUGUACAAAGUGAAGCGCAACUCUAGGUGGUUCUAA